AUGCUUGCCGCCCACGAACUCGGAAUGGCAACUUCAGGCGAAUAUGUAUUCAUCAACAUCGACGUAUCGACGGGCUCACAUGCAGAAAAACCGUGGGUACGUGCAAACGAGACGAAUCAAGAGGAGAACGAAAAAGCAAAAGAAGCAUAUAGAGCUCUAAAAACUAUAUCACUGCGAAGGAGUGACUUGGAGGAGUACAAGAAUUUUGAGAAACGAGUGAAAAUAAGAGCCGAAGAGAAAUAUGACUACUCAAGGAUAACUGGCAAAGAAUAUGAGAUGAACAACUUUAUUAGUGCUUUCUACGAUGCCGUUCUAUUGUAUGCGAUAGCACUGAAUGAGACCAUAACUGCUGGUAUGGAUCCUCGAAAUGGUCACAAUAUCACCAGUAAGAUGUGGGGUCGCACAUUUGAUGGCAUCACGGGUAACGUGUCGAUUGAUGCCAACGGUGAUCGCUAUUCCGACUAUUCUUUAUUAGAUCUCGAUCCAGCUGUAGAUAAAUUCGUGGAAGUUGCCUAUUAUUCGGGUGCAUCGAAUGAAUUGAAGAAAGGUUAUCCUCUUCAUGUUUAUCUUCUAGCAGCGUCCGCAGGACUUAUUUUAUUGCUCACUUUGCUGUUUGUAUUCUUUUGGCGACGUUAUAAGCUAGAACAAGAACUAGCCGCUAUGUCGUGGAAAAUUCGAUGGGAAGAGUUAGACGGCGAGGAGUCACAGAAAAAAGAGAAGAAGAAAGCCAAGAAGAAACGUUCGGGUACCUACUACCCUGAAUCCGACCCACUUCUUCGUUCGAAUUCUCGCGGCAGUGUCAGUAGUGACAAGUACGAUGAGGAUAUGCUAGCCCCAACGGCUAUGCGAAUGCGUUUGGUACGUUUUGCUAUGUAUUGGUCUACUUGUGUUUGUAACUGA